AUGGCGCACCCGCACGAUUGGACCUGGGUGUCGGGCACCCUCUGCCUGCAUGCCCGCGCGGGCGAUCGCGUCACCGUGUGCAGCGUCACGCACGGCGGCGCCACCCACCGCGAGCGCUUCCUGGACGAGAUGGCCAAGCCCGAGGCCGACCGCGACGCCGGCAUCGUCGGCGAGCCGGUGGAGGCCUACACCGGCCGCAAGGAACAGGAGAUGCGGCAGGCGGCGGCGCUGUUCGGGAUCGACGACGUGCGGGUGCUCGGUUUCGACGACAAGCCGUUCACCCGCCAGGAGCAGCCGCAAGCCAUCGACGCGAUCCAGGCGCUGAUCGUCGAGGUCGCCGCCGACAUCCUGAUCACCGAGAACCCGUACGGCGACUCCGGCUUUCGCAUGGCGCACCGCACCGAUCACACGGAGGUCGGCAGCGCCACGCUGGAGGCGCGCGACCAGCGCCGCCACCCCGCGCGCCGGGCGUCCGCACCUGCGUCGCGGUCACCUACUUCUCCGGCAUCAUGUUCGACACCAGCCAGAUCACCUGCGGCGUGGAGCUGCCCGCGGAAAUCGUGGAGCUGCGCGUCCAGGCCGAGGCGUGCUACCGCACGCAAGAACACAACCCGGAGCGCGCCCGGCGGCGCAUCGAGAUGGAACUCUCCCACCUCGGCCGCGUGA